AUGAACGAACUAGCCUGUUUAGAGAAGGUCGCGCUCAUCCAAAAAGCACAUACAUACAAGGAGUCCCGCCGGUGGGAGAAACGUGAGCGACAACGAGUGGGAGCUCCCGCUGCGCUGCCGGGGGGUCAAGGAAGGAGAAAAAGGGCCCCGGGAGGGGGCGGUCUCGGUGGAGAGCCAGUUACUUCUUCCCCCCUGACGAGCCAGUCAGCCAGUCUGGUGUCGACGCAGCGAGUAUAUGCCAGAUGCACGUCUGACACCUGCCGCUUGCAGUCUAGCACCGAGAUGGCUGCGUCUAUUGCCUUUUCGACUAGGCUUCACCCUCAGGCAUGGCCUGGAGGCACAGAUAUCAGUCGCGCCGGCGCGGUCAUGGCUCCUGCGAGCCGCAUGGCUAACCUAACUACGCUGCCGGAAGAGAGUGGGCAGCUCGAUCGCCUGGCACUCUGA